AUGCAGAAAGCCGAUAUACUUCCUGUUCCAUACCCUCGUGAUGUUACUUCGUAUGGCACUUAUGGCCAAUGCCAUGAGUGUAAAUAUGCUGUUGAUUCAACUGCCGAAAUCCGAGGAAAACGCAUUUGCAGUGAAUGCAAAGAGAAGAAAUAUCCCAAAUCUUCGGCGAAAUUUCAAGCCACCGACGCAACCUUCAAAUGUCCCGCGAGAAACUGUGAGGCGGAUAAACUCUCUUAUCAUGAAUUUUAUGUUGGAUCAUGUUGCGACACCGCUUUGAACAGAGAAAUCACAGCCGAGAAGGAAGAAGAAUGUGUGCUUAUGCAAAAGCUUUACAAACAAGCGAAACAGGACGAAAAGCCUUUUAUAAAAGAAUCUUAUGAUUCUCAAUUCGCUAUGUACGAUGCAAAAGAAAAAGUCAGAAUGUUGGAGUGGCAACUUGAUGAUGCCAAAAGUGAACUUACAAUCGCAGAAGACAAAUGUGCAGCAGCAGAGAAAAAGCUCGAAACCAAAAAAGAGUGGCGCAGGAAAAUUCAAAAGCGUCUUUUUAUCGCCGCCAGAACAGUUGCAAAGAUAGAUAAUAGAGCUUUCGAAAAUGAGAUUGCACCAAAGAAGGCGAGGCAGAAGGAAGUGAAUGAGAAGCAUCAAUGCAGAAUCUGCCUCCAUCCGUACGAUGAUGAGCGCCCAGAGGCGAUCAUCAUUCCUUGCGCGCACAAAUUCUGCUUCAACUGUAUCUCAGCCCUUUCAGACAAAAAAUGCCCGAAUUGCCGCGCCGACUUUGCUGACAACAAUGUCUACAAAACACAUUGA